ACCGCCGCCGCCACUACCACCACCACCACCACCACCACCACCACCUAUGACGGAACCGGAGCUCAACCAUGCGGAGGACCAAUCAAACAAGAACAAGAAGCUCCGCAAAAGGAAAAGGCCUCGCAAAGCCCAACAAGAAGCUCGCAAUUCCGCUGAUGAUGAAGACCAAGAGCAAGAGCAGCACAACGACGCUAACAACACCGAUGAAGUAGAAGAAGAAGAAAAAAGAGAAGAGAAAAAUGUGAUGCCUGGCGUUGAAUCUGGAAUCAUGAGUUCCGUUUCAUUCGAUUCUCUUGAACUCUCUGAUCCCACUUCCAAGGCUAUUAUGGACAUGGGUUUCAAUCGAAUGACUCAGAUUCAAGCGAGAGCUAUUCCUGAGCUUUUGAAAGGGAAAGAUGUUCUUGGUGCUGCGAGGACUGGUUCUGGGAAAACCCUUGCAUUUUUAAUCCCGGCUGUGGAAUUGUUGUACAAUGCCGAGUUUAAACCUCGUAAUGGAACUGCCGUUAUUGUCAUAUGCCCAACUAGAGAGCUUGCAAUUCAGACACAUGCGGUGGCAGAGGAAUUGCUCAAGUAUCAUUCACAAACUCUUGGAUUAGUUAUUGGGGGAUCAGGUAGAAAACGAGAAGCUGAUCGCAUUGUUUCUGGGGUAAAUCUGUUGGUGGCUACACCUGGUCGCCUACUUGAUCACCUUCAAAAUACAAAGGGAUUCAUAUACAAAAAUUUGAAGUGCCUCAUUAUUGAUGAAGCUGACAGGAUAUUAGAAGCAAACUUUGAGGAGGAAAUGAAGCAGAUCAUUAAUAUACUUCCAAAGACUAGGCAAACAGCUUUGUUUUCAGCUACGCAAACAAAGAAGGUUAAGGAUCUUGCCCGUAUGUCAUUUCAGACAAGUCCUUCCAAUAUUGAUGUAGAUGAUGGGAGAAAAAAGGUCACAAAUGAAGGAUUGCAGCAAGGCUAUGUUGUUGUUCCAUGUGCUAAGCGUUUUGUUGUUCUAUAUUCAUUCUUGAGGAGGCAUCAAUCGAAAAAAGUGAUGGUCUUUUUCUCUUCAUGCAACUCUGUGAAAUUCCAUGCAGAUCUUCUCAAGUGUGCUGGAUUGGAUUGCUUAAGUAUUCAUGGAAAACAAAAGCAGCAUGCCCGAACAACUACAUUCUUUAAUUUCUGCAAAGCAGAAAAGGGGAUAUUGCUUUGUACUGAUGUUGCUGCUCGUGGACUUGACAUACCUGAUGUGGACUGGAUUGUGCAGUAUGAUCCACCUGAUGAGCCAAAGGAAUAUAUCCAUAGGGUUGGUAGAACAGCUCGUGGGGAAGGUGCCAAAGGAAAUGCUUUGCUUUUUCUGAUUGAGGAAGAAUUGCAAUUUCUUCGCUAUCUUAAGGCAGCAAAGAUCCCUAUGAAAGAGUAUGUAUUUGAACACAAGAAGCUUGCGAAUAUACAGUCUCAACUGGAAAAGUUGGUUGCGGGGAUCUAUCAUUUGAAUGUUAUGGCUAAAGACGCGUAUAGGUCAUUUAUAUUAGCAUAUAAUGCCCACACCAUGAAGGAUAUAUUCAAUGUUCACCGCCUUGAUCUGCAGGCUGUUGCUGCUUCGUUCUGUUUUUCAAACCCGCCGAAGGUGAAUCUGAACUUAGACAGCAGUGCUUCAAAGCAUAGGAGGAAAAUACGCAAAGUGGAAGGAAGAUUAAGCAACGGAAAGACAAAAUAAGCUGCAACAAUUUUUGAAGAAUCACCAAGGAGGCAACCCUCAAAAAGUUUUGUUACAAAAAUGUUUUAAUGGUUAUUUUGAUCUUUUCAUUUUUUAAUCCUAUCAACAACUUUCAGUAGCAGCUCAUGAGAAGGAAUAGCUAUAUUGAACUUGAGCUAUCAUGAUCCUUGUUGGCCCCUUAUAUAUAAAUUUGUAUUUGUAUCUACCAUUUCACUAACAGUUCAUCCUAAGAAUGAAAUUAAUGUCAACUCUCAAAAGUUAUCACUGGCGGUUUCA